AUGGAAUGGUGUAAUAUUAAAGUUAUUAUUCAUCAUGUCUCUACUACAGUUAAUGGAAUUUAUAUAGAUAAUGGUUCACUGUAUAUAAGAAAUAAUGAGUUAUUUGUUUCUUUUGAUCAAUAUAAUUAUUCAAUUUCAUUUCAAGACAUUGAUGCAAUAUUUUGUUUUCAUUACCCUGGUUGUGCGUUAAUUUUUAACUGGUUUUCUGUGUCUUCAAAAACACGCUCUUCAAAUUAUGUAUUUAUUAUUAAAGAAGACAUUACUCCUUUGAUUAAUGCCCUCUAUGACUCAGUCAAAAUAGUCGAUUUAAAUCAACCGGGUAUUAUUCCAAUAACAGUAAGAAUACGUACUGAAUUACAACUUCUCUUUGUUUCUAGUAGUUUUGUUGUAUAUCCAUUUCUUGAUUCUGUACAUUUUAUUUCAAGAACUGGUAACUCUGUUAUUUUUGAAAAGUUUUAUAUAAAUAAAACAACAAUUAGAUGGAGAAUUACUUUCAUAAGUGGAAAUACACGCCUUGCGCCAUAUGCACUUUGCCUACAUGCACUUCACACAAAAAGAAUUUUUUCGAGAUUAAAUUGGAUUUCUUAUGAAUAUGAACCUAAUUUAGAAUCAUUAGAUGAAGUAUUAUUUCUUGCUCAAAAACAAGGGAUAAAUUUUGAAAAGUCCUUACAAAAAAGCAUUCUCUUAGGUCCAAAAGAAAAAAUGAGUGUUGUUAGUUUUCUCAACAAUGAGUAG